GGAAGGGCCGCACAAAUGUCAAACUACUUCACUUGACGCAAGAUGGAUUCUCUGUCUCUGAUUCAUUACAUACACCGCGUUGGUGAUAUUCUUUAAUUAGCUGUCUUCUGUAGUGUUUCACAGCCCUCGUGCCACAACAAUGGAGUCCAACAUUAAGGAGAUAAUAGAGGAAUUCAUGGAAAGUGCGUUGGCGCAAUGGGUGCUGCUGUUUGAGAAUAUGGUAGAGAGUGAGGACGGUGCACCUCACUACAGCCAGUACAUGGAAGUGAACUCUGUUUCGCAGAGCGCCCGAGACCGCUACCUGAGGCUGACCAAUGGGAUUUUCCUCAACGAGGUCAUGAGGGUCAUAGAUCCAAACCCCAAGGUGGAGCGGCUGUACAACAGCGAGAGAGAUGACCACAUGCUGAGAGUCCAGAAUUUUUCUAUUUUAAAUCGACACCUGCGAGCCUUCUACCAGGAAGACUUGCAGCAGUUGAUACUCAUGUCUCUCCCAAAUGUUGCCAUUCUGGGCCAGGACCCCCUAACAGAGGCAGCCGUGGAGGAGCUCAGGCGACUGCUGCUACUCUUACUAGGAAGUGCAGUGCAGUGCGAGAAUAAGGAAACCUUCAUUCAGCAGAUCCAGUCCCUGGACAUUGAAACCCAGGCUGGCAUUGCCGGUUGUAUUCAGCAGGUAACUCAGGAUCCUCGUGUGGUGCUGCCACUUCAGUGGGAGGAGCUAGUGGAGACUGAAGGUGCAGACUUGCAGCUGGUGUUUAGCUCCAUGGCCAAACAGAUCCAAAGCCUGCUGGCACAGAGAGACACACAGUUGGAGAGGAUAGCAGAGCUGUGUCGGGAGCGGGAGGCCCAGUCUGAUUCCACGACGGGCCACUUGGUUGGCCGCAAUGAGGAGUCAUCCCAAGGUCUGCUACUCCAGCUGGCAGACAGCAAGGCCAAACUGCGCCGGCUUAAACAACAACUGGAAGAUAAAGGUGAUCAGAUACUGGAUUACAAGCAGGAGAUUGAGACCAUGGAGGAACAGCUUCAGAAGCUUCAAAAAGAGAACCGUUCUCUGCAGGGUGAUGUGAGGGGCAUGCGUGCACUGCGGGAUGAGCUGGACUGUGCCCGAGAGCGAGCUGCACGGUCCGAGCAGCUCCAGACUGAGCUUCAAAGCUGUAAACACAGAUUGCGCAGCCUGGAGCUCACACGCACUCAACUGAAGAAGCCCCUGAGCGUGGAAGUGGGCGAGGCUUCGACGCUGCGGCUGCUGGGAGCGGAGCAGGAGAACGCAGAGCUGAGAAGACGACUGGAGGAGCUGCAGGCCCAGCAGGAGGCUGAUUCUCCAGAUGCAAAGGAUGAGUUGGCCUGCCUGGAGAUGAAACAUCAGGAAACAUUUAGGGAGUUUCAAAACUUGAAGAAUGAAAAUGCCACUUUGAAACAGCGUCUGGAAAAGCUUGUGACCAAACUUCAACAACUAGAAGACAAGAGGAAGGAGGAAGGAAUGAAGAUGCCAGACAGAGUGGAGGAGGAGGGGGAGAGAAAAAAGGUGGUGAGAGGAAUCCAGGGAUCUGAAUCCUGCAGGGGAGAGGGGGAAGGAAGGGUUAAGAUGAUGGAGGAGAAGGAGAAAAGAGGAGAAGUCAUCGGGACACACCGUGAAGCAGGAGUUGGUGAAGAGAUUCUUCAUGUUCAGAUGGGAAAAGAUGAACCAUGCAAUGAGGUGAUCCAGACCAAUAGAAGAGGAGAGGCUGAGGGAGGGCAGAAAGAAAGGGAGAAACAGGAAAAAGAAAGUGAGCCGAAGAAAGAAAAGAUUGAAUUACCAAUAAGUUCAGAGAUACAGAAACAAUCAGUUGAAGAUAAAGUAGAGACUAUAGCUACACACCUGGCCGUAUGUUCCCUGACUAGUCCUGAUAUGGAGCUUCUGAUGAAACGACUCCAGGAGGCCCAGGAGGAGGCCGAAAGACAGACUAGCGUGGCCCAGGACUUGCGCUCUAAGCUGGGAGAGCAGAGCAAGAAAACCUGGGAGGCUGAGCAGCGGCUGGUUCUCGUCGAGGCUGAGCUGCAGCGUCUGAAGAAAGCCGGAGAAAGUUUGGUGGAGGCCCGCAGGCAGAUAGAGGUUCUUCAGUCUGAGGGACUAGUUAUGGAGGAGGAGUUGUGUCGCUUACGAAGCCAAGCAGAGCUUCACAGGCUGCAAACCACAAUCAUCGCCACCCUGGAGGGAGAGCGGGCUACACUCGAGAGAGAAAGAGACACGCUACGCAGCUCCUUGGACGCCUUGCGCUCCGCCCAACGCAAGAGUGACCAGUUAGAGCUCACUACUCAGACUCUCAGAGCAGAGUUGGAGCGUCAGGGCCGCAGUUUGGAGACCUCACGGCGUCGCGAGGAGGAGCUGGAGGCAGAGCUCCGCGAGGCUACCCUCGAGGCUGAAUCUUUGGCCAGGGCACGAGAUCAGGCGCUGCUGGAGGCUUCACGGUUAGAGCAAGAGAAAGAGGUGUGUCAGUCUGAACUGGAUGGCCAACGGAAGGAGGGCAGACAGAGAGAGAGGGAAGCAGGGAGACUGAGGCAACAGCUGGAGAGCACAACCCUGGCCCUGGAGCACAGCAACCAGAGAGCCUGUGCUCUGGAUGCUGAACACAGACGUGUGUGUCAGCAGCUGUCUGAGUCCAAGGAGCUCUGCGCUCAGCUGCAGGACCUGGAGAAAGAGCUCAGCUUUCGAUUAAGCAGCAUGGAAGAGGGUAAACAGCAGCUGCAGGAGCAGUAUGCAGAAGCACAGGCCAAGAUUAGCGCACUGUCCCAGGAUCUAACCCGUGAGCAGGCUCGUUCUGAGAAACUGGCCACUGAAGUGGAACACCUGAGCCAGAAACUACAGCGAUCCGAAGCCGAGCGGCAGUCGGCAAAAGAUUCUCUCCACCAGUCUCAGGAGAGAAUAGAGUCUCUCUCCCAGCUCCUAAAGAAAAGUGAAUCUCUGCAGUUAGAGACGAGGAGGGAAAGUGCAGAAGUGAAGAGUGCGCCUAAUUCAAAUUCAGAAUCGACAGACAAGCAAGACAUGUCACCUUUGGAUCAAAGCCCCGAGGCUGCCAAAGGUUGUGAUCUUUCCGCGACCCGCGAUCGUUUCCCGGGGGAGGCAGAGAGGCAUCUCAGUGAGAGGGUGAUCGAGCUGGAAAAAGAGAAAGCAGUGGCGGCUGCAGAGCAUGAGGCUUUGCUGACGAGAUUGUCUCAGUCCCAGGAGGCUUGUAAGCACCUCGAGGAGCAGCUGGAGGCUCUGCGUCGGAACUCCCUCAGCCUGCAGGACUCCUGCACCAGACUGCAGACGCUCAACACACAACUACAGGCCCACCAGAAGGAGUGGUUGGCGUCGCAGGCGGAGCUGCUGGCUCAGGGCUCGGUGCUGAGGGCAGAGCUGAACGCCUCCCAGCUGGAGAGGACUCGGCUGGAGGGCGAGCUCAGUGCCCUGAAGGAAACACACCAAAGCCUGGACCUCAGCAACGCUCGGCUUACCAGCCAGGAGAAGCUGAGCGAGCUCCGACGGGAGAAGCAGAAGUUGGUGGAGAAGAUUAUGGAUCAGUACAGAGUCCUCGAGCCCAACAUGCCAUCCCCAGCCAGCAAGGCCAAGAAAUCUAACUGGAUUGCAGAUAGGAUGAAGAAGCUAAUCAAACCCCGGGGAGGAGGAGGAGGAAGAGAGGGACGCACCCUCUUCACCGCCGCGGGCAGCGUGGAAAACCUGGCCGACAGCGCUGAAUUUACAUCAGACACACACGCACCUCAGCCUGUUCCAGACCCUCGCAGUGCUCCGGUCUCUCCUUCUCCCCUGAGAAAAUCUGCAUCCCAGACAGAACCCGAGGUCUCUCUUCCCGGCGCACCAGCUACGCGCGCCGGCUCCGGGGGCCGUCGUAAACUGGGAUCCCGUCACGGCUGGGGGUUGGGAUUGGCCAGAGCAGGCUCGGGAGUUUCACAGUCUUUUAGUCCCGGUGACCAGAAGACACAUCCACGCCAGCGGCUACGCUCCAGCCAGAACAACGCCUCCGUCCUAUGGGAGGGAGAGAGAGGUGCAUCUCAGGAAGCAGACGCCCCGUUGACCGGUCAGGAGAGCGCCGAGGAGGAUGAAGUGAAAGAUAAUCAGCACUCGAGUGACGACAGCACAACGGCACAAGACAGAAGUGUAGACUAACCCCAGCUGAAUUAAUAACAAAUGUUUUAUAUUAUGUGCUCCAUGGAAACCGUUUUCAUGCCUCUUCUUGUGUGUCUGCAUAUUUUAAAUACAAGAUCCUCCUAGUAUUUUUGAAUACAUGAAUAAAUGCUUUAAUCAGUCAUUUGAGAUCUUACUCAUUUGUGAAGCAAUUAACACCCUCCUUAGUACAUACUAUGAAUAAAACUGA